AUGGGGAAGAUAAAAAAAGACAAAAAACGUUCUCAUAAUGGUGGAGCUAUGGACGUUGAUGACGUGAGUGCGAGUGGGAUGGAUGAUCAUAUGACAAACGCAGAAGGUGAAAAGGAAACGUCUCACUCUAUUUCAAAGCGUCACGCAACAGAAUGGAAGGCAGUAAAGAAGGAAGUGUCUCUAUUGAAAAAAAGAAAACAGAAAUUAAAGAAGAAAGUUGUCUCUGAACGUGAAGAGAAGAAAAAAAUUAGUAAAGAAAUCAAAUCAUUGUUGGAAACAACCAGAAAUAGACAUUUAGCAGAGGCGAAACAACAAGAAGUUGGUUUAGACCCUCAGGAGAAUCUAGGAAUGGUUGAUGACAGCUUAAACUUAAAAGAUAGUCCUGUUUUCUUUGUUGGUGCACAUCCUGACACAGACGCACUGCUUUUGAGUCGUGAUAUGCCGCGCAAUACAAGCAGGAAUCCUCAAGAUGUGAAUCCAACGGGAAGGAGCAACCAGGAUGCUCCAAAUAUUGACAACACAACCCGAGGAGAUGUUCGCGGAGAUCUUGGUGACGCUGGAAGGAAUCGGGUUUAUGGACUACACGAUCAUUCCGACAUCAACGAGACUGAGCUGAAAGGAUUAUUUGAAACAUUUUUGCAAACAUUCAGACUAAGUUCUGAGAACAGCGAAUGGGAUGAAGAGAUCUUCGACGUUGAGCCUCGGCAGCCUUUCUACAUGCAUCAGAUACAAACUUUGUUUGAAAACGCAAUGAACAGCGAAACCGCAUGUUGUGACUUCUCGAUUGAUCUUCAGCACAUCAACAAAAGUUCAUUGGUGCUACUCAAAGCCAUCAUUCGUCAUCCAGCAGAUUUAGUCAUUUUCAUGGAUGAAGUUCUUGCAGACAUAAUCAGCCGACUGUAUGCAAGUUACGAUAUUUCUGAUCACCUCCUCCAAAAUAGAAGAUUGAGUUUGAAGACGAGUCUGUUCCAUCAUCCUCAUGUUCGAUGUAUGCGAGAUCUUGACCCGAAGGACAUUGAAACACUCGUUGCGAUAAGAGGGAUUGUUGUUCGUUGCUCAUCAAUCAUGCCGGACAUGCGACAAGCUGUAUUUCGAUGUACAAGCAGGAAGCAAGAUGAUCCGUCUGGACAAAUUUGCGGUUAUGAAGAAGUCAGGGCGAUUACGGGUGGCCAUAUUGAUGAGCCUCUGAUUUGUAUCAAGUGUCAAUCAAGGUACACUUUCGAAUUAUUUCAUUCACAAUGUGUUUUUGGAAACAAACAAUUGAUUAAAGUGCAAGAAACUCCAGAAAGCAUUCCAGAAGGGGAAACGCCCCAAACACUUUUGGCGUAUGUUUAUGACGAAAUGGUGGACAUUUGCAAGCCUGGGGAUUUCAUCGAGCUGACAGGAAUAUACAGAGCAUCUGGUGUUCGCAUUGUGCCUCGCAUGCGGACAUUAAAAUCAGUGUACCGAGUUUACAUCGAUGUAAAUUCUAUUCAUAAAGAUCAUCUAAAUCGUUUUUUGAUUGCUGAGAGUCAAAUGGUGGGACCCGCUGCAGAUGCACAUCUUGAUGGCCAAGAAGAUAUUUUGAUGGAUGACGUCAGACAACAACGUCAACAAGAACGUCAUCAGCGUGCAUAUGGAGGACAAAUGUCAAAUGAAUUAAUGGAGCGUAUGAAAGCAUUAGGUCAAGACCCAAAUAUUUAUGAAAAAUUAGUUAAAUCGUUAGCACCGAAUAUAUGGGAAUCUGACGACGUCAAGAAAGAAUUUGCCUAUAUCGAUUAUAAUUUGUUUAUAUCGAACAAUUGCUUCCCAUCAGGUCUUCUUUGCCAAUUAUUCGGUGGAACAGUGAAAGCUAUUGGUGGCAGAGCGACUCGUAGCGACAUCCAUGUUCUAUUGUGCGGUGAUCCGUCCACUGCGAAGUCCCAAUUGCUGAAAUAUGCACAUGGAAUAGCACCUCG